CCCGCCCCUUCCCCGGGUCUUUUGAUCACGCGUCGGAGGGCUCUUCCGGGGGCCCGGAGCCAACCCAGGGCGUUGCUGACUGUCAGGGCUGCACGGCGGGAGCCCGAGGCAGGAACUUGGGCCAUCUCAGUGACGCCGCCCCAGGAUGGUCUUGGCUUCUGUUUAUGGGUGCCGGUCCUCUCCACCUCCGCCUGUCAGCCCCUGACCAAGAGGGGAGGGGACAUGGGCGGAGCCCCGGGUGCGCCGUGGCUGGCGACAUCAUCUGGAAGAUUGUCCAGCUCUACCCACUGUGUCCACAGUGGCACCUGCUAUUGAUGCUGAGGGCCGUUUCUGGCGUUACACCGUGGUCCAGGCCUGGGAUGGCUAGCCUGCAGUGGAGCCCAGGGGAGGCACCCUCCCGAGGCCACCACUGCCCAUGCGGACCACCCAGCCAUCCGGCUACUGAUGUCAUGAGUAACACGACAGUGCCCAAUGCCCCCCAGGCCAACAGCGACUCCAUGGUGGGCUAUGUGUUGGGGCCUUUCUUCCUCAUCACCCUGGUCGGGGUGGUGGUGGCUGUGGUAAUGUAUGUUCAGAAGAAAAAGCGGGUGGACAGGCUUCGCCAUCACCUGCUCCCCAUGUACAGCUAUGACCCUGCAGAAGAGCUCCAUGAGGCUGAACAGGAGCUACUGUCUGACGUGGGAGACCCCAAGGUGGUACGUGGCUGGCAAAGUGGCUACCAGCACAAGCGGAUACCCUUGCUGGACGUCAAAACGUGACCUAAACCCCUUGCCCUGCUGAGCCUUGAGGGCCCUACAGUCUGCUUAGCCCUCCCACUUGCCACCCACCCAGCCGGGCAGAGGAUUCUCUCUCCUCUUGCCUCCUGAUGGCAUCCUCAGCUGGCCCUGAGCCAAGCCUAUCAGGUAGUGAUGGGCCUUUUCUUGUGGAGUGGGUGGGUGGCUGGGUGACAGCUUUGCUUUCUCUAGCCUGCCUGGACUUGGCUUUGGCAUAAUCCUCAAGAGGCCUCUGGAGUUGUUUCCAUGGUGACAGGCCCAGAUGUAUAGUAUUCAGUAUAUAUAUUUUGUAAAUAAACGGUUUUGUGGC